AAUUUCGAAUAUUCAUACUGGGACCUCAGCUCAGGCAGCGAAGGAACGUUUUAGUGCAGGCAGCCGUUAUUAUUGGGGGUAGCUGGGAUUUAUUUAGCUUGUUGCAAACCUAGAGUGUACUAUAUUUCAAACGAAGGGCUUUAACAUUAAAUACAAGAAGAAUGGCUGAACCGUUGAAGGCCUUUUUGGAGAACAAGCCGGUGGAAAAGCUGAAGAAGGAUCCUAAGCGGCUGUCAGUGGAGAGAAUCUAUCAGAAGAAGACGCAGCUGGAGCACAUUUUGCUCAGACCGGACUCCUACAUAGGCUCUGUUGAGCCUGUCACUCAACAAAUGUGGGUGUUUGAUGAGGAUGCUGGACUGAACUGCCGUGAUGUGACCUUUGUGCCUGGGCUCUACAAGAUUUUUGAUGAGAUCCUUGUAAAUGCAGCUGAUAACAAGCAGAGAGAUAAGGGCAUGUCCUGCAUCAAGGUCAACAUUGAUCCUGAAAACAACACCAUCAGUGUAUGGAAUAAUGGGAAGGGUAUUCCUGUGGUGGAGCACAAAGUGGAGAAAGUCUAUGUACCUGCUCUUAUCUUUGGACAGCUCCUCACUUCAAGUAACUAUGAUGAUGACGAGAAGAAAGUCACUGGUGGACGAAAUGGAUACGGUGCCAAGCUUUGCAACAUCUUCAGUACAAAGUUCACUGUCGAGACUGCUUGUAAACAGUCGAAGAAGUGCUUCAAGCAGACUUGGUAUGACAACAUGGGCAGAGCAGGGGAGGCUGGCAUCAAACCGUUUGAUGGAGAGGAAUACACUUGCAUCACCUUCAGACCAGAUCUGGCCAAGUUUAAGAUGAGCAUCCUUGACAAAGACACAGUGGCUCUGAUGACCAGGAGGGCCUAUGAUAUUGCUGGAUCCGCUAAGGGUGUCCGGGUGUUCUUCAAUAGCAAGAAGCUACCAGUUACAGGUUUCCGUAGCUAUGUGGACAUGUAUGUGAAAGACAAGGUGGAUGAACUGGGUGGUCCUCUUACUGUCAUCCAUGAGACUGUCAAUGAGCGCUGGGAGGUCUGCCUCACCAUGAGCGAGAAAGGUUUCCAGCAAGUCAGCUUUGUCAACAGCAUUGCCACAACAAAGGGAGGCAGGCACAUUGAUUAUGUGGCUGACCAGGUAGUUAGCAAGCUCAUUGAAGUGGUGAAGAAGAAGAACAAAGCUGGGGUGACAGUCAAGCCUUUCCAGUUUGUGGCUAUUGCCCAUCUAGGUUUGGGAACCAGCACAUCACAGGAAGCCAAGGAGUACUUCUCUGAUAUGCAGAGACAUCGUAUCCCAUUCAAGUACUCAGGACCUGAAGACGAUGAAGCUAUCACCCUUGCCUUUAGCAAGAAGAAAGUGGAAGAGCGAAAAGAGUGGCUUACCAACUUUAUGAUGAACAGACGCCAGCGCAGAGAGCACAACCUGCCUGAGGAGUACCUGUACGGUCAGUCAACCAAGUCCCUGUCGUACAACGACUUCGUCAACAAGGAGCUGGUACUUUUCUCCAACUCUGAUAACGAGAGGUCCAUUCCCUGCCUGGUGGAUGGACUGAAACCAGGUCAGAGGAAGGUGUUGUACUGUUGUUUCAAGAGGAAUGACAAGCGAGAGGUGAAGGUGGCACAGCUGGCAGGCUCAGUGGCUGAGAUGUCGGCCUAUCACCAUGGAGAGGUCUCUCUGAUGAUGACCAUCGUUGGUUUAGCCCAGAACUUUGUGGGAAGCAACAACAUGAAUCUCUUGCAGCCUCUGGGACAGUUUGGAACCAGGCUGCACGGUGGCAAGGACUCUGCCAGCCCUCGAUACAUCUUCACUAUGCUCAGCCCCCUCGCCCGCCUUGUUUUCCCAGCAGUGGAUGACAACCUGCUCAAGUAUAACUAUGAUGACAACCAGCGCGUAGAGCCUGAAUGGUACAUUCCCAUCAUCCCCACUGUGCUUGUGAACGGAGCCGAAGGCAUCGGCACAGGUUGGGCCAGCAAGAUUCCAAACUACGACAUUCGUGAGAUCCUCAGCAAUAUCAACCGUAUGCUUGACGGCGAGGAACCUCUGCCCAUGCUUCCAAAUUAUAAAGACUUCAGAGGCACAAUUGAGCAGGUGAUGGAUAACCAGUACUUGAAUAGUGGAGAGAUCUCAAUCCUUGAUUCGACCACUAUUGAAAUCUCUGAAUUGCCUGUAAAAACAUGGACACAGGCUUACAAGGAGAAUGUGCUGGAGCCGAUGCUGAAUGGCACAGAGAAGGUUCCUCCUCUCAUCACAGACUACAAGGACUACCACACUGACACCACAGUGCGCUUUGUGGUCAAGAUGACAGAAGAGAAGCUGAGGGAGGCUGAGGCUGCUGGCCUCCAUAAAGUCUUCAAGCUGCAGAGCCCCCUCACCUGCAACUCGAUGGUUCUGUUUGACCACGUGGGUAGCCUGAAAAAGUAUGAGUCUGUGCAGGAUAUCAUCAGAGAUUUCUUUGAGUUGAGGAUGAAGUACUACGUGCUGAGAAAGGACUGGUUGGCAGGCAUGCUGGGAGCAGAGAGCGCCAAGCUCAGCAACCAGGCUCGCUUCAUCCUGGAGAAAAUUCAGGGCACCUUGGUCAUUGAGAACAAGCCAAAGAAGGAGCUGAUCCGCAUGCUCCAAAAGAUGGGCUAUGACUCCGACCCAGUCAAGGCUUGGAAACAGGCUCAGGAGAAGAAUGAGGAGGAGAUGGAGGAGGAGGAGGAGGAGGGGGAAGGAGGAGAAAAAGACAACUCGACUGGACCGGACUACAAUUAUCUGCUGAGCAUGCCCAUGUGGUUCUUGACAAAAGAGAAAAAGGAGGAGCUCUGCAAACAGAGGGAUGCAAAGGUGACAGAGCUGAACACCCUAAAGAAAAAGAGUCCAGCAGACCUGUGGAGGGAGGACCUUGCUGCCUUCUCUGAGGAACUGGCGCUUCUCAUGCUUGUUUUCUUUGACAAAGCACAGCCUGCGGUGAAGUACAGCAUGUCUGACAGUGAAGAUGAAUUUGAUGACUGGGGGAAGAAGGACGCUCCAAAAAGGAAGGCUGUCAUAAGUGAUGAUGAUGAUGCAAGCUUCGCCCCAGAUCCCAGCACUGUGUCGGACAAUGAUGUGGACUCUCCAGCUCCGCCUCCCAAAGCUCCAGAACCCACGAAGAAGGUAGCAAAAAGCAAAUCGACAGUUAAAAAAACAGACACAAAGUCAAGCUCUCUGUCAGACGAUCAGGAGCCAGCAUCCAAGCCUCCAACUCAACGGAAAACCAAAGAGGCCGCACCGAAGAAGCCUGCCGCUGCCAAGAAACCAGCUGCAUCCAAGAAGAAGGCUGCAGAUGUGAAGCAGCCAUCUAUCUUGGAUGCUCUCUCUAAGCCCAAACCUGCGUCCAGGGCUCCUGCUGCCAAGAAGGUCCCGUCAUUCGAUUCUAGCGACUCAGAGAGUGAAAAGAAAGCUCCCGUCACAAAACAGAAACCUGUUCUUAAACGUAAAAAGAACCUCAGUGAUGACUCUGACAGCAGCUCCUCAGGUGACCUCAUGUCACGCCUCAAAUCCAAGACGACUGCUGGCACCAAGGUCAGUUUUUAUACUGAACACUCGUUUUCUUUUUGUGUUACGUCAUAG